GUCGGCCAGUUAUUCAAAUUAUCAUUUUCGAUAACCAUUAAAAUGAAUCGACAUGGCUCCUCAAUAUUGCAUACAACUGUUCAGUAUUUAAAACACUAAAUCUGAAUAGCAUUAUGUAAAAAAAAAUGCCUUACAUUUCAUCACACGCCUCCAAAACGCUCGGAACUCGAAUCUUUGCAUAUUUAAUGUAUUCCGAGUUACAAACGUGAGAUCAAAUGAAAUAUGCGAUGAAGCACGUUCUCGGACGCAAAUAAUCUAUAAAUAACAAAUGAGCACAAUUACAAUAUCCUGCUGAAAAGGCUGUUAUAUCUCAAGACACGGCUACGUGAUCCGACCUUUUUAGUCAUCAAUGAUAGUUUGAAAUAAAUAACGUCAUUGAUAUUUCAAAUAAUUGCAAAUGUAUUGACUGAACGAAACGUCUUUUAGAAUAGUUGAGUUGAACAAUAAAUAGAAAAGAUAACAAGAUAAUAGAAAAGAUAAGAAAAGAUAACAGAAUGAUCAGAAAAGGAUUUAAUACGAGAUGUUUACUGUUCAGGAAUUUUACUUCAAAAGCCAAUGAGCCUAAGGAGCUGCAAAAGACAGAAGAGCCUCAGACGAAGAAAGAAGCAGAUCCUUGUGCGGAAGUAAAGAAACCGAAAGCCAAGAAGUAUCCACCCGUCAACCUGCAUGGCCCUCAGAGCUUCAAGCUCAGUGAGAAGAGACCUUACUCGCCAUUUCAUUUCAAAGGACAGUCCACAGUGGAGUGGGUGGUCGCCCGAGCUGAUGACAUACUCAACUGGGGGAGGAAGAACUCCUUGUGGCCUCUGACCUUCGGUCUCGCCUGUUGCGCGCUAGAAAUGAUGCACUAUGCCGGUCCCAGAUACGACAUGGAUCGCUUCGGCAUGGUGUUCCGUGGGACUCCACGUCAAACGGAUGUGAUCAUCGUGGCGGGAACUGUCACCAACAAGAUGGCUCCCAUCUUGCGCAAGACCUACGACCUCAUGCCGGAUCCCAAAUUCGUUGUGUCAAUGGGUAGCUGUGCCAACGGCGGCGGCUACUACCACUACACGUACUCCACCGUGCGAGGAGCUGAUAGAAUCAUACCAGUCGAUAUCUACGUCCCAGGCUGUCCUCCGUCGGCCGAGGCUCUGUUGUAUGCGAUGCUGCAGCUCCAGAAGAAAGUUAAACGUAUGCGCAUGGUUCAGACCUGGUACAGGCAUUAAAUAAACGUUCCGUUUAAAAGAA